AUGAAGGAGUCACCAAAGGACGAAGAGGAGACGGAGGCUUCGCAGGGGGACGACCCGCUACUUGAGCGUCUGCGCAAAAAGCACACGGUGCUGCGCCAGCAGUGCCUGCAUGAGGCCCAGAAAGCCAUGGAGGUGGAUAACUUGUUUGCCUCCAAGAGGAUGCACAAUCUCCCGCCCUCGCUGGAAUUGAUAUCUGACGAAAUUACCCUCGCGCUGAACGAAAUUGCCAUGCGCUGCGAGGAGUAUGCGGUGCCGCGAGUGGGGCAACUCCUCAAAGACGUUCGCGCGAGGAUGAAUCAGCAGCUCCGGGAGGCGUACGCCUCACUGGAGGCGGGCCACAAAUCCGCCUUUUACAAAUUGGAAGAGAAGACGGCGGGUACACGCCAGUCACUGGAGACCAAUGCCUCAGCACGAAAACAGGUGGGGACUACCGCGAUGCAGCAGUCAGAGAGGGAGUUGGCCCCUUCGAACGAGGAGCGAGGUCAAAAUGCUUUUUCUGACAGGAACCAAUUGAGGAUGCAAGGUACUGCUUCCAAGUCGCUCUCGGCCAGAGACUUUUUUUCCUCCACGUUGAGUGUCUUUGCUGAAAUUACGGCUGUACUGCUUCGCUGUGAGGUUGUUCGAAUUUUUCUUUACGAUGAGUAUGAUAACUUGCGUUGUGGCGCUCGAUUUCCAUUUAGCAGCACUGUAGGCGAUCCCCUGGCAGGGAAUGACAUGGAGUUGAUGCUGGCGAAGGAGAUUCACACCACAGUCUGUCACAAGUACAUUGCGAUUAAUGGAAGGGAGCCGCAGCGGCUUACAGUAAGUGAGCGCGACCAUGGUGUUAUGGAGGAGGAGCUGCAGCAACUGGGAUGGAAGUCCAUGACUAGCUGCCUUAUUUUUCCCAUUUUUUCAAAUGACGACUGUGGUAGGUCCUAUGGAAUGAUUCACGCAGUGAACAAGCAAGGUGUCGCUUUCGAUCGACCAGGUAUGUUUGACGAAAAUGACGAGGUCUUUGUGUCGAUGACGGCGCGAUUGUUGGGUUGUCUACUGACCCGUUACCCCAUAAAGUAUUUCCAACUCCCCGUGGGACAAAAACUGCGAAAAAGUUUUGUUUCCUUAUUGACAAAGGAUGCGGAGACGCAUUUACCGCCACUGCUUCGGGAUGAAGUCGAAGGGGGGGCGGAAGUGGGCAAUAAAGCAAACCAAAUGUUUACGCGCGUGCUGUUUUUUCGCGCACCCAUCAACGCCGUAUAUCAAUCACCUUCUCUACGCAAGAAGGUUCGUAAGCUUGAGUCACUGAAGAUUAUUGACAAAACACUUUCCACGGUGGAGUUUGAUAUUUCUGCAUUGGAGGAGCUCUGGCGGGUUGGUCAUGAUGAAAAUAUUCUCAUGUAUCAACAGUGCCAGCAGCUCAAUGAGCAACUGAACACGCUCCAAAUUCUACUGAGAACUGUUCUGGAUGCCAUUGGUGCCUCACGGGUAUUAGACAACAUGGGAGAUUUGGCAGGUUACCUGCAACUGCUGGAGCUGUACGCCCGUCAAGAGAAUGUUCCCAUGCUCACUGAGUUAAUCUCACAGGUUUUGCUGAACGCCCGAGUGGAUAUUCCUGUGCCACCAGAGCUUAAGGGAGUUCCACCAGGGCGUCUUUCACCGAAUGAGAUGAUUCGAAUCGAACGCCGUAUUGCCCAAACCCCCUCCAAGCUGAAGUUUGGCGCUGCGGCACCGUCGGGUGUUCGUACCUACUCCUAUGAUCCGCAGCGACGGAGAGAACAGGUACGCUUCUUUAACGAGCUUGCGGAGAAACGGGCAUUAGAUGUUGCGGCGAGGGAUGCUCCCAAGUCGGUUAAGGGAUACAAGGCUGAAACCGUGGCAGCGCAGACGAAGAAGGUGAAUCAGCCGGUCUCCUCGUUGUUGCACUUUGGACCGACUGACUACGCAUCCAAGCGGCCAUUUCAGCUGGGGAAACGGUAA